AACUCAGAAGAGUCCAGAGUCAACAGGAUAUAGAGGUAAUAUUUGUCUAUCCUUGCUCCGUCAUAAAAUUAAAAAUGAUUUUUUCUAUAUAAAAAGGACUAUAUGUUUUUCAAUAACAUCAAAAUAAAGCAAUGAAAGCUGAACAUUUACUCUUCCACAUACAAUAGAACAACAACAACAAGUCAUACAAACACCAUCCCCAUUUUACCUUCCUUUCUCCACCUUUAUUUGGAUUCCUUCAAGGGUCCUCUCUCUUCCAUUUGGGAUUGUACAGAAUCCGGGCUAAAAUCCCAUUUCAGUCUCUCUGUUUUUGGUUGAUUCCGCUAUUUUCUCUGAUUUAUUUUGAGACUAUAAGAAAGAACCUGUUCUGGGUAUCUUGGAUUUUUGUUUUUCUUCUGCAAACUUUACCUGAGUUUUAGUAGAAGAGACUUGCGAACACAGUAAUUCGUUUAAACGAGGUUGAAGAGAAUAAACGUAUAAUUUUCCAAAUUUACUCGAUUUUUUGUGAAGAAAUCAGUGCGUUUCCUUUUAUUUUUUUUCUUCCUUUUCGCCUUUUUCCUUUGUUUUCGUUAUUGUGAAUCUUACUUUGGAAAUUAAGGAAGAAGAGAGACAUGGGCAAACAAGGGCCUUGCUAUCACUGUGGAGUUACAAGUACCCCUCUUUGGCGUAAUGGGCCACCGGAAAAGCCAAUUCUAUGCAAUGCAUGUGGAUCUCGAUGGCGAACAAAGGGAACACUUGCAAACUACACCCCUUUACAUGCUCGAGUGGAGACUGAUGAUUAUGAGGACUAUAAGGCUCCAAAAGUAAAGAGCAUAUCUAUUAAGGCCAAAGAGGCAAAGUUGCAUAAGAGAAAGAAAAGUCAUGAUAACAUGAUAGUUGGAAGGGGAGCCCCUGAAUAUGAUCAAACCUUUCGGAAGGGUCUUGAAGAGGAUACUAGUAAUAGAUCAAGUUCAGGAUCAGCCAUAUCUUACUCUGAGGGUUGUGCACAAUUUGGUGGUACAGAUGCAAGUGAUUUCACAGGUCCACCUCAAUCCAUGGUGUGGGAUACACUUGUUCCAUCAAGGAAGAGGACUUGUGUGAGUCGCCCAAAGCCAUCUCCGGUUGAGAAGCUUACAAAAGAUCUAUGCUCCAUUUUACAUGAGCAACAAGCAUCUUCUUAUUUCUCGGGAUCUUCAGAAGAAGACUUGCUUUUCGAAAGCGAGACCCCAAUGGUUUCUGUUGAGAUAGGACAUGGAAGUGUUCUCAUCAAGCAUCCAGGAUCAGUCACCCGAGAGGAAGAAUCUGAAGCCAGUUCCCUUUCAAUGGAUAACAAACCAUACACAGUAAAUGAAGCUUACUCAGGUUCUGCAUCCAUUCUUAUACAUAGUAACAAGGGUAUAUGCUUUCCAACUCUUGGCAAUGAGAAAUUGAAGAAGUCCACAGGACAGGACACAGAACAAGAUCAGAUGAAGAGGGAUAAGACUCUCUUUGAGAAGUCACAAAUUCUGCGACAUCGUAAUUCACCGCUGAGAUCCAUAAAUUUAAAAGAUGUUGUUAGCUUUGAGGAGUUUGCAAAUCAUUUGACGCAUGAAGAACAGCAGCAACUGGUGAAGUAUCUACCUUCUACAGAUACUGCUAGACUUCCUGACAGCCUUAAGAGCAUGUUUGAUAGCCCUCAAUUCAAGGAGAACUUAUCCUCAUUCCAGAAAUUGCUUGCAGAAGGAGUCUUUGAUCUCUCUUUUCCUGGAGGGACAACUGAAGACUGUAAGACUCUGAAGCGGCUUCUGUUGGUCAAUUUGGCAACGUCCAAAUGGGUAGAACACUAUAAUCUGCUUAAGGAUGUAAAAUGUAAAAAGGUUACAGGAGGGAAGGGGGUUGCAACAGGAAACAGUGUGCUUGGGUCAAGUGAUUUUUCAGCCAUCAAGAGACCACGUGAUGGGCAAUAUCAUAACUUUUCAGAGCCAAAAACCACAAUCAAGAGUCCCAAAAGGGUGGGCAUGAAGGCCAGCUAUGACAAUGAUGGAUCUUGCUUCAGUCCAGGAAGCCUAUUUACUUUCCCUCCUGAUGGAAGCACCCUCAUGUUUGACUCUUUCCAGUAUACUGAUGACAGUUCUGAUCAGGAUCUACUGCUGGAUGUGCCAUCCAAUGGAUCCUUCCCACAGGCAGAGCUUCUACCCCCAUCUUCAAGUUUCAGUGUGCAACAGGCUAGCACUAGUAGUUCAGUUCACUCGCAUCUUAUCCGUCCUUGAAACUGAUUGUCCAUGGGACACAAGAAUGGAACACCCAAUCAACAAAAUUUGCAUUUCAACAUGCAAAAGAACACUGUAAAUGAGGUUUUUCUGUUUUUUGUUUUCCUUUUUACCUUUUCCCUUCCCUUUACCAUGUUUGAGAAUGCUGACCUGUUUCAUAAGUGGAAUGUCUAAAGGAUGGAUGUGGCUGGUUUUUUUGUAUAGGCUGACAAAAGAUUGUAAUAUAUAGCUCAAAGUCCCAAACUGCAAAGGAGGUUGUCUUAUCUAGAGCUGAAUGGAGAGAGAGAGAGAGAGAGAGAGUUUUACAUGUAUUAUUCUAGUUGCUGCCUUGGUAAUAAGUUUUGAGAUAGCUUACCUUUUAUUGGUGCUGCA